GUCCGAAUGUUGGCAAGUCAAGCCUUCUGAAUGCAUGGAGCAAACAUGCAGAGUGAGAGGGCAAUAGUUACUGAAAUUGCUGGAACCACUCGUGAUGUGAUUGAAGCAAGCAUCAGUGUCAGUGGUAUUCCUAUCACCCUUCUUGAUACAGCAGGCAUCAGGGAAACUGAUGACAUUGUGGAAAAGAUUGGCGUAGAGCGGUCUGAAGCAGUUGCUAGGGGUGCUGAUGUAAUUAUCAUGACAGUGAGUGCUGUUGAAGGGUGGACAUCGGAAGACACCAAACUUCUCGAAAGGAUUCAAUCUACCAAGAGAUCAACUGGAUCAUCCACCCCGGUAAUCCUUGUGGUCAACAAGAUAGAUUGUAAACCUUGUGCUGAGACUGAAUGGGACAAAGGAUUCCAGAGUCAUAAAAUGUUCAGCAAACAUGUGUUUACAUGUGCUGUUACUGGUCAAGGAUUACGAGACUUAGAGAGGGCGGUAUUACAGAUUGUGGGUCUUGAAGGCAUUCCUGCUGGGGGUCGCAGAUGGACUGUCAAUCAGAGACAAUGUGAACAACUUGUUCGGACCAAGGAAGCACUUGCAAGGUUACAAUCAUCAAUAAAGGAGGAACUGCCUCUUGAUUUUUGGACAAUUGAUUUGAGGGAUGCUGCAUUGUCCCUUGGACAAAUAAGUGGAGAAAAUAUAUCGGAGGAGGUUUUAUCAAAUAUAUUUGGCAAGUUCUGUAUUGGUAAAUAGAAAGACUCCCAAUACGUACGUGGUGAU